GGUGAAGAUGGCCUUCGAUUUUAAAAGAGCGCAGGAAUUUUGGAAUGAGCAAGCUCGUUUCGAAGGUCAGAAAAAUUUUGAUUUGAGGCAUCAACAUGGAAAAGGACCAAGCAAUAUUUUUAUAUUGGAUACAUCGUCAAGUCUUGGGGAGGAUGGAUUUAAACAAAUGAAGGAAAUAUUUAGUGCAGUUAUUGAUGAAUACGCAAAUCAUCCAGACAUGGACGAAAAUGUAGCAGUUAUAAUAUGUGGAAGAAACACUAGAUUUCAACAUUAUUACUCAAAUCAGUACUCAGAUAUAAAACAUUGUCUAGAUGACAUUGAUUUUGGAGGGUCAUCUCCUCUUACAGCGGCAUUCUUCUUAGCUACAGGGUGUUUACAAAAUGGUGCCGCACAUACGAGGAGGAUUGGUGAUUUUCGCGUUCAUCCAAGAAUAAUUCUUAUUUCUGACGGGAAACCCACGGACUUCACUGUUGUCAGUGAUGCUGAUGAUGUUCUUCCAUAUGCAACUGAAAUGGAUAAAGACCAUUUGAUACAAUUAACGAGAGGGAUUGGAGAGCGUCACCCGAUUUUUUGUAUUCCCAUCGGAAAUAAUCCUGAUUUGACGUUUUUAGAAUACCUUAGUGCUCAAUCAAGAGGAGGAAAGAUCGUUCACCCUCGGGAAAUAAGACAGUUUGCAAAGUACACUGAAAACUUGACAAGUGCUGCUCUGUUGCCGUUCACGAUGAAGAAUGAUGGUUCUGACCGCGAAAUGGUUCUAACAUUGCUGGCUUGCGAAUUGCCUUGGAAAGAGUUCACAGAAAUGGACCAGGAUGAUAUAUUUGAAAUAUGUUCGAAAAAGUCCCUGUACAGUUCAUGGGAGGAUAUCAGAACAGAGAUUUCCGAUGAAGCGUUUGAGGAAAGAGACCGACGAAUGCCUCCUUUAGGAUCCAGAGUCAAGCGUGGUAGGGACUGGAAGUGGAAUAAUCAGGAUAGUUUUGGUCCCGGAACAGUUACAGGGCAUCAAAAAGACGCUGGAUGGUUAAACGUAGAAUGGGACACAGGUUUCAAAUAUGGCUACAGAUACGGUACUAAUAGUACUGAAAUAGAUAAAUAUGACGUCACUAUUUGUGAGGAGCCUAGAAUUUUGGAAAACGAAAUGAUUGCGACAGGUUGCUUAGUCACAAGAGGUCCCGAUUGGGAACGGGGAGACCAAGAUGGCGGAGAUGGAAGUAUUGGAACAGUUUACAGAGUUAAAGGCAAUGGCGUUGCUCACGUGCGUUGGGAGAAUGGUCAGAUGAGUGAUUACAGGUUUGGUUUUCGAGGAAAAUUUGAUCUACAGAUAUGCGAUCCGUUCUCACCGGAGGCUACCAGGUAUCUUCAAGAUCAAAAGAGAAAAGCUGCAACUAUUUGCCCUGUGAAUGAAUCAUUCAUAGACGUUAAUGAAAAUGCUUUUUCAACAGCACUAACCACUGGUUCCUGCUCAUCUGCUCAUGACCAUAAUUUGAAAUCUGAGAAGACAUGCGAAAAUCCUGUGGAUAGUCCUCCUAUCUUGAAAAUUCCCAAGGGAAAAUAUUUUAAGAACGAUCGAAUGAAUGAUGAACUUUCUGACAUAGAGGUGGACGGCACAUUAAACUCUUUGACAAGUAAUACAGUUGAUCAGUGGUUUUGGAAAGAUGAUGAUGGUAAAUGGAUUCCAUAUCCAAGGAAAAUGAACGAUAAAAUCAACAGAUGUUACAAACGAAAUCCCAGUUCCACUGUCAUUGUGACAAUAAAGGAUCACACAUACAGGGUAGUAAUGGCAAAACACGUGCAUAUAAAUUUGACAACAAGAGGGGAGUCUAAAGUUAAAUUUGUAAAAAGUGAUUUAUAAAAUAAAAUUACUGAUUUGG